GAUGCAGCUGAUCCACACGUUCUUGAAUCUGGUGUCGCCGCCGGCGACAUUCUUCAUCUUGCUUUUCUUCUUACCGGCGUUGCAGGCCUUCAGGUUCUUGCUUUCAUGGAUUAAUUAUCUCUUUACUGAAAAUGUCGCCGGCAAAGUCGUUCUUAUCACCGGCGCCUCCUCCGGCAUCGGCGAGCACAUCGCUUACGAGUACGCAAAGCGAGGCGCAUACUUGGCAUUAGCGGCACGAAGAGGGGACCGUCUACGAAUUGUUGCCGAGACGGCUAAGGAAAUGGGCUCACCCGAGGUCUUAUCUGUUGUGACCGAUGUUUCCAAACCAAAUGACUGCAAAAACUUCAUUGAUCAAACAUUCAAUCACUUCGGUCGAUUGGAUCAUGUAGUUAACAAUGCUGGAAUGACCCAUUUCUCCCUGUUGGAGGAAGUUGAAGAUAUCACCAAUCUUAGGAGCGUUAUGGAUAUCAACUUUUGGGGAACAGUAUAUACUACUCAAUUCGCUAUUCCGUACCUAAGACAAACAAAGGGUAAGAUUGUCGUCAUGUCAUCCGCAACUUCAUGGUUUCCUACACCAAGAAUGAGCAUCUAUAAUGCAAGCAAAGCGGCGGUUUCGCAGCUUUUCGAGACAUUGAGGGUUGAGUUAGGAUCGGACGUCCACAUUACACUUGUAACACCUGGUUUCGUUGAGUCGGAGAUGACCCAAGGCAAGUUCAUUGAUAAGAAGAAAGGAAAAAUAAUAGUGGAUCAAAUGAUGCGAGAUGUUCAAGUGGGGGUGUAUCCGACUGAAAAGGUGGAGUCGUGUGCGAGGACAAUUGUUAAUAGCACGUUAAGAAGGGAGAGAUAUGUGACUACACCGGCAUGGUAUGGAGUGACCUACUAUUGGAAGAUCUUAUGCCCGGAGAUUAUAGAGUGGAGUGCUCGAAUGCUUUACAUAACAAAACCGGGUGAAUCGGUCGAAGAAAGCCUUAACAAGAAGAUUCUCGACUUCACCGGUGCGAAGAAUGUUCUUUAUCAAGACAGCCUACUUGAUCCACAGAUUGGAGAUUACCCUAGCCAAAUGAAAGCUGACUAGUUCUAUAACAAAUAAGGAAGUUAUG